AUGACGAGACAAGUUAUGUUGUUCAUCUUAAUUGGUGCAAUGGCAUCACCUGUAUUAGUGAAAUCAGCGUGCCUUGAUGGGUGGUCCGAAUACCUCGGACACUGUUACGGGUGUAUGCAACCCGCUACUACGUGGGAGCACGCUGAUUAUAUAUGCAAAAAUCACUUUGGUUACUUAGCGUCGAUACACACUCUUGAUGAAAAUGAGUUUGUGGCCGGCGCGUGUUCAUCUGACUGGGAUUUGUGGAUAGGGUUUAAUAAGAAGGAUGAUUCAUUAACUUGGCAAUGGAGUGACGGAACUGAUUUAGUGUACACGAAUUGGGAAGAAGGACAACCAGAUGGAGAAUCCUCGGGAUUAUUGGAUGGGGAUGUUUCGUGUGCUAUGCAAAAGAACGAGGCUGUUGUAGGCAGUGGUGAUCAGACAUGGGAAGAUGAAGACUGUUUGAACGAAUAUUAUUUUGUGUGUAAAGCCAAAGUUCUGUGAACCGGUACCGUUGUUGAAGACAAUCUAAGAUGACUUCAAAGUGAUUAUAUAUACAAAUACCUUAAUGAAUAAAACAAUACUCGUAUAUUCAGAA